AUGAAUCUUAAAGAACUUGACUGGUUGAAUUUUGGACCACCAAUUGCCGCCGUCGAGGAUAUUCGUGAAUGUGAUGGACUGCCCUUGGAGAACAACGGCAAUGGCGGCGAAGGCGGUGAUGGAGGCCGUGGUGACGAGGUUCGGUCGAAGAGUGGAGCCGAGGCCCUGGGCGUUCGAAUCAACGAUCAAUCGACUGCAAAGGCUUCGUCGAGCAUUGGUGCAGAAGUUACAGGCGGAGGCAGCGGCGAUGGUGGCCAUGCAGUUGAGGUUAGUGGCGACGGUGAACGGCAUACGCCAAGAGAGGUGGGGCAUACGCCGGUGGGUUCUGACACGGAGGGCCCACGGGUGCAACGUUUGGACUUUCGGAGAGGUGUAGAGGGCUUAGUGGUGAUCGGCGGUGGAUUGAGCGAGGCUGGCGGUAGCGGUGGUGACGGUGGUGGUCGAUCGGGGACUCCACCGAGGGAUCCAACAAGAGGUAAGGAUCCGGUGGUCGUGGAGGAAUCUUCUGGAGAAGUACCGGUAGAGGUGGGCGAGUUUAGACCAGUAGUGGGGUCUUCGGUGCACGUUCCCAUUACGUACAGAGACUUCGCGAAGUUUGUGACAGAGGAAAAGCUUGGCCGAUUGCUCCGAGAGAAUCCGGUGGUGGUCGCGGCGGUGAUAUCGGCCCGGGAGGAAAGGCAGAGAGAGAUAGCGAGGGCUCAAGAGGAGGAGCGCGUGUGA